UUCUGCUAGUGUAAAACAAAAUGGAUAGUGCGUGAUAGCUGCGUUUGAUAAAAUUAGGAAAAAGUCCAAUAAAGUGGUGCAGAAAUUUGGAAAAUCUUUCGCAAAAUCAUUGCCCAGGUGUUGUGUUACAUCGGUGUAAAGGGUUACGUGAGUUUGGUGCGUGAAAAGUGUGCAAAUUUUCGCUUCCUUAGACCGGAGAGAGAGAGAGAGAGCGAGCGAGAAAGAUGUCCUGGCCGGGAAAUAGCUGGCCGGCUCAGCCUGCGGCUUACGGCGGGUACUCGACAGCGGUUCCCCCGCCGAAUGUAGGGCCAAUGGCUCCCGCUAUGCAACCGGGUCCGGGUGCGUACGCUCCGGAUCAGUACGCCCAGUGGCAACAAUGGCAGCAAUACCAGCAGCAGUACGCCCAGUGGCAUGCCCAGUACGGUGAGCAGUACGCGCGGCAGAUGGGCACUCCGAUGGCGGCGGUGCCGACGCCGGCGGCCAUUCCCAUACCGACUGUGGGCCCGGCCCCGUAUGCCGCCCCUCCACCGACGACGCUGGCCGCGCCUCCACCUCCAGCCGAACCCCACCCGGACACGCUUGCUGCCAGGAAGUCGAGUCAGGCUCCGCCGCCGCCACCGCCCCAAGAGGACGAGCAAAGCCAGAAGACGACCGAGGAGCUGGCGUUUGACGAGCAGUUCCGCAAGUGGGAGGAAGAGUUCGAGAACUGGAAGAGCAAAAACGCCAACCAUCCGGACAAGUCGGCAUACCGCGAGUACGAGAAGAAGUUUAUCGAGUGCCGCAAGAAGCUGCUCGAGCGUCGCGUGCAGUUGCGUAACAAGCGCCUGGCGGAGUUGGCCAGCAAGGCGAGUGCGCCGCCGCCACUGCCGCCUGCGGCGGAAAGUGUUGGCCAAGGGAUGGGACUGUUUGCAAAUGCUUUGGGCGGUGGGGGAGGAGGUGGCAUUCCGGGUUUGGACUUGCUGAAUGAAAACAGAAGGGACGACGGGAAUAGGUUGGUGGCUUCCGGGGAGGUCGCCGAAAUUAUUGAGCUGGACGACGAUAACGACAUUGAUAUCAAGCCGGAUAUUUCCAAAGUGAACGCGAAUGCUGCGGCUGCGAACCCGGUUACGGCGCUGGCGUCGCUGUUGAAGGAUCCUAAAGUGAGCGCGCUGUUGAACAUAAUUACGAACAACGCCCAGGGGACGCUUCCGAAUUUGCCGGCUGGACAAAGUGACAUUUUGCAGAAGCUUCACAGCGCAGCGGGGGCCGUUGUGAACGCUAACGGUGGGCUGCCAGCAGCUGUGGCUCCUGCGCCGCAACCACAAGUCCCGUUUAUGGAUGAACGCAGUCGUACUUCGCUGCAUUCGGGCGGUGACCUUGAUGACCGGUCACAAUAUGCGUCGUACCAGCAGCAGCAGCAGCCACCGCUGCCGCAAACUCUCAACUUUGCCGGCAUUCCCGGAGUCUCGGCACCACCGCCAAACUUGGCCAACAAUGGAUAUAAUACUUAUGGUGGCUUUCCCGGCACGGCCUUACCUCCUCCAAGCUAUGUUACAGGGCCUCCUCCUGCUGGUCCAGUUCCGUUGAUGGGCAUCGACAUAAGCCGUCCACCUCCGAUGUCGGGUUCGCCAGCGCCCAGCAACGCGUCGUCUUCACACAGUCAGAAUCGCCAGUCUCGUUGGGGCCAGGACAAACCUCCCAACAGAAACCAGAAGCAGCAGCAGCAGAAGCAGAAGCAGCCGUUCAACGGAGGAGACUUCCCGAAAGGACCGCCACCGCAGCAGCAGCAACAGCAGAAACAACAGCAACAACAACAGCAACGUUCUUCUCGCUGGGGAAUGAAGGAAAAGCCGCAAAAGCCUGGACCACCGCCGAAACCGCAGCAGUUUAACGGUGCAAAGCCAGCCCCGCUGGCCAAGGAGCUGCUGGACGAGCGCAACCUGCCCAACUACUACUCGGGCCACCUGGACGAGCUGCAGGUCGAUCCGGAGUUGGGCACGCCCUGUGCGGUUCCCAAGCCGGAGUGGAUGACCGAGGAGGAGUACGACGAGAUAUUCGACCGCUACGAGCACGUCGAGGCGUUUGAGGAGCGCAAGUACAAGAUGGAGCUGGCGAUCCGGCUGCUCGAGCAGCAGAAGAAGAAAGAACAGCAGAACAACGGAAAGGACGUCGGUCAGCGGUUACCACCGGCGAAGCGCCCGAAUCCGUUCGCCAGCGACGAUGACUUCUUCCGGCCGAAGCAGGUCAUCGACUACUCGAACGGGGCGCCGCAGAUCAUCGACUAUGGCCACAGCAGCACACCCAGCAACAAUCAGGGCAACAACGGCAGAUCGGAACGUCCAGGUCCGCCAGGUCAGCCGAAUCGCUUCGACUACAAUCAUUCCCAGCAGCAGCAGGGCUUCGAGAAUCGGCCGUUUAAUGUGGAUCGACCUCCGCACUACACGGAGACUUCCACGUCCAAGCUCGCCCAGAUGCACGCCAAUCCGAACCCGGACGAAAGCAACCCGAGCUAUCCGUGCAAGUUCAUCCUGAUGAACGACAACCGGCCGAACCGUCCCAGCACGAAGCGCGGCAAGCGAGCCUCCUCGAUUCGCAAGCAAAAGCUCCGCGAGCAGCAACAGCAGCAGCAGGGUCAACAAGGACCGAUCCAACCGGAAAAAGAACAGCAGCAGCAACAACAUCAGCUUCCAAAGCUCGACGCGCCGGCGCCAUUUAUGAAUGAUCUACCGGUAAUGAACGCACCGCCGCCAUUUAUGGAUGACCUGCCACCACCGGUGGCAGCAGCACCCGCUGCACCAUUCGUUCAUCCGGCGGCCUUCCAGGACGAACCGCUGAGCGACUACGAGCUGGAGAUGAAACGGGGCGAACCCGUUGAGGAUGGUUCACUGGUCGUGCCGUGCACGAUCGUACCCAUCGAAGAUCUGUUGAUGAAGCCGGCCCGCUUCCAGCGGCCGUCCAAGAUUUGCUUCGUGAUGCGUGGCCUGCCCGGCAGUGGCAAGUCCUACCUGGCACGCGCCAUCAAAGACUGCGAGGUGAAGCAGGGUGGACAGGCACCGCGGGUGCUCAGCCUCGACGAUUACUUCCUCGUGGAGACGGAGGAACGCGAACCGGACCCCAAAACGGGACGCCCGGUGCUGGUCACCAAGUCCGAGUAUAAAUUCGACGGCGACAUGGAGGACAUUUACAUGCAGAACCUGGUGAAAGCCUUCAAGCGAACCAUAACCGAAGACGUGUUCCACUUUAUCAUCGUAGACUGCCCGAACGAACAUCUCAAGUACUACAACGAGUUCUAUGCCAUUGCGCGAUCCAGCGGGUUCAAGGUCUUCACGGUAACCCUACAGACGGAGAUCGAUCUGUGCAUUGAGCAGAACGUGCACAACCGUACGGCGGACGAGAUCCGGUCGUACGCCAACAACUGGACGCUCGGGCCGGACGACCACCCGUUGAUCAAUGCGAGCGUUCUGUUUGACGAGGAGGGACAUGGGGUGGCGGGAGCGGGAGCUGGAGCAGUGGUGGUCUCCGCAGAUAUGGAUCUGUGUUCGGAUGAGGACGAAGGCUUCCAGAAGGAUGGGGAAGCAGCCAAGGACGGGAAUGGUGGUGAGGAAUCGGUGGCGGCUGGUGACGGGGCGGCUGUGGCGGAACAGGUGGAUGACGCUGAUGAAGACUCAAACUUGGACGGCCAGGAGCUUGGUGGAAUGUUCACGAGCAAAUGGGACACGGAUGCGACCGAGCAGAACCUAGCUCGGUUGGACGGCAUCAGCAAGCCCCCGCGACGUCCCCCGACCAUAGAGGACUUCCUGCAGUCGGACGAUCAGCUGCUGGACGAGCGGUACGCGCAGUCGGACGGUCCGCCGAACGCCGGAGGAAAGAAGCGCGUCCGCUGGGCCGACAUCGAGGAGGCCAAGGCGCAGCGCCGGAUGCGCGACAUGGGCUUCGUGGUCGGCGUCACCGACUGGAACCGGAUGAUGGAUCCGACGGCCGGGGGCAGCGCGCUCACCAAGACCAAGUACAUCGAGCGGAUCGGCCGGAACAGCUUCCGGCGGAACUAGGCCGGUUUUUUUUUUGAGGCCGUACGCACGGUGCGGUUUGCCGCCCUUUUUCUAGAUAGAAGCUUCUCAAGUUGGUUUUUUUCGCGCUCGAAAGGACGUUUAAAUAUCUUACGGCAAACCGCACCGUACAGAGGCGCCCUAGAUUAAGCUGAAAAAAAAAACCCUUUCAAAAUUACUUUUCAAAUAUUAUGAGAAAACCAAAAUAACGCAUGAAGAGAAGAAUAUGUGUGAAAACAGUUUGUACUACAAUUAUUAGACGACUUUCACGUAUUGUGAACAAGAAAUGCAGAAACAGCAUUCAACAAGAUGUAUUCGUUUGAUAGUUUGAACACUUUUCAAAAAAGACUCUAAAAAUAAUCACACUGAAACUUAUUCAACAAACACAAUCAAUUGGCAUGCGUUAAGUUGAAACACUUGAAAUUCAAAGCUAGCAUAAAAUAGACAAGAUUUCAGUUGAAACGAAUCGAUCGAAUGGAAUCGAGCUGAAUUUGCUAAAUUUGAACCCGUUUCUAACAACUUGCAUCAGUAGCAUAAUACUAAAAUAUAACUGUAUGGGAUUAGAAGUUCCGUAAAUAUC